UAUACAGUAUAUUAAAAGAUUAUAGCAAUUGUGUAACACUUUUAAUCAACAAGGUAUUGGUGUGAAUAAAAAUUGUGUCAAAUCUGUGGAGUCUAUAAAACAAAUGCAAACACAAUAAUUGUUUGAAUUAUUACUUGUUGUGAAAUAUAAGUUUGAAAUCAAUUGAAACAAAGAGGAAGUAUUACCGAUAAAAAUGCCGGGUAUUUGUGGUCGGUGUCAGAAGACUGUCUAUUUUAAUGAAGAAAAGAUAGCAAUCGGCAAAAGUUUUCACGUCAUGUGCUUUGUUUGCGCUAACAAGUCAUGUAACCGACGGCUAGACAGCGGUAAUCUGACCGAACACGACGGAGAUAUCUACUGCCGAUCCUGUUAUGGCAAACUGUUUGGACCCAAAGGAUAUGGUUACGGUCAGGGGGCGGGUACUCUAUCGAUGGAUACUGGAGAUAAAACAAGUGGACCUCCCACAAGCAACAUUCCCGCUACCGCACAGGCAUUUAUAGCUCCCAAAAAAGGUCCGCCGUCACCACAACCGCAAACUAACGGCAAUCACAAACCCAAGUUUGGCGGCGCAGACAUCUGUCCGCGUUGUGGUAAAGCUGUCUAUAUGGCAGAAAAAAUGAUGGGCGGGGGUUCAGCUUGGCAUAAAAGUACGUGUUUUACUUGUAAGGAGUGUCACAAACGUCUCGAGUCGACCACUCUUUGCGAACGCGAAGGAGAGAUAUAUUGCAAAACGUGUUACGGCAAAAUGUAUGGACCAAAAGGAUAUGGAUUUGGUGGAGGCGCUGGUGUUUUGCAAAAUUAUGUCGAAUAACUCAACAAAUUGCAUACAACAACAUGUUUGUAAUGAUCACAAAAUUAUAAAUUUUUGUUAACAACUCUCAUAUCAAGGCAGACAUUCCUCACUAUUGUUUUAUUACCGUAUUUUAAAUCUUUUUUUCUCCAAUAAUUGUGUGCCAAUUAUGUAUAUC